AUGCAUGGAGAUGAGGCUGUCGGAAGGGAGUUACUACUGCGUUUGGCUGUUUACAUAUGUGAUGAAUACAUUUCGGGGAAUGAUUUUAUAGAAAAUCUGCUGAGUGGAACAACAAUACACAUUUUGCCAUCAAUGAAUCCUGAUGGUUGGGAAGUUGCUUCGAGAAAUAGGGAUUCUCAAUCACUUGGAAGGUACAACUCCGAAGAUGUAGACCUCAAUCGAGAUUUCCCUGAUCUAACAAGGAAAUUCUAUCAUAACUUAAAGUAUGGAGGCCCUCUGGACCACAUUGAUCCCGAUGAAAGCGAUGUAGAAAAG